CAGCCUGUGAGGUGGUUACUAGCGUCAGGUGUGGGGCAGGGGUGCGGGGCUAGUGCGGCCGGGACCUCGGUCUCUGGAGAAGCAGUGGAAAUGUUGGCCAAGCCCCUGACACUAUCUGCACCAGGGAAAGCUAUUCUCCAUGGGGAGCAUGCUGUCGUGCAUGGCAAGGCAGCUUUGGCUGUGGCUCUGAACCUGAGAACGUUCCUUCAAAUUAGACCCAGUAAUAAUGGAAAGGUCUUGAUAUACUUUCCUAAUAUUGGAACCAGUUUAAACUGGGAAACCGUCCGGCUCCGAACACUGCUAACAGUAUUUUCAGAUGGCUUGGAUGAAUCUAAAUCCCCCAGCCCAGAACAAAUGGAUGCACUGAAAGAGUUUGCAGGAAUCACUACUGAACUUUCAGCCACUGAGAGCCUUGGUACCCUUGCAUUUCUCUAUCUGUACCUGUCUAUUUCAGCUAAAUAUGGACAGAUACCAAGCGUGGAGAUAGUGGUGUGGUCUGAGCUGCCCACAGGAGCUGGGCUAGGCUCAAGUGCCGCCUAUUCUGUUUGUUUGGCAGCUGCCCUGUUGACUGCAUGUGGAGCCAUUGGCUGCCCAGUGGAGGAGGAGAAGUCCGUAGUCAGGUGGCCUGAGGAGGAGUUGGAAUUAAUUAACAGAUGGGCCUUUCGGGGAGAGCAGGUCAUCCAUGGCAAGCCUUCUGGCGUGGAUAACUCUGUAGCGACUUGGGGUGGAGUGCUCCGAUUUCAAUCAGGAAAAAUCACAUCAUUAAGGAGAGUGCCGACUCUAAGGAUCUUAUUGACCAACACAAAAGUCUCUCGGAGCACCAAGAUCCUUGUGGCAGGUGUCAAAGACAAGAUUCUUAAGUUUCCUGCUAUAAUGAACCCAGUGCUUGCCUCGAUGGAUGCAAUUUCUCAUGAGUGUGAAAGUGUUCUAGAAGCGAUGGCUGAGAGUCCAUCACAGGAGUAUUACCCUGUGCUAGAGGAGCUCUUUGAUAUAAACCAGCAUCACUUAAAUGUGAUUGGAGUUGGCCAUUCCUCACUGGACAAUGUGUGCCGAGUGACCGCCACACACGGGCUGCACAGUAAGCUGACUGGUGCUGGAGGAGGUGGCUGUGCAAUCACUUUGCUAAGACCAGACACAGACCCAUUGAUGAUGGAAGCAGCCAGACAAGAUCUCAGUGCCUGUGGAUAUGAAUGUUGGGAGACCAGUAUUGGGGCGCCUGGAAUAUGUCUUCAUUCGCUGUCAUCUUUGAAAGCAGAAGUUCUGCAUGUCUUUAAUUCGGUUUAAGAUGACAUGGACUCUGACUGUACCCUGCCUUCCUGCCCCUGCAAGUUCAGAGCUUCUUAACUCUUCACAGGAGUGGCCACCCAUGGUGCCGAACACACUUCAGAGUUCAGCUUACGUUGUCAGUCUGAAAUAUUUUGCCCCCUUUUCCAUGGCUGUGAAAGUGUCCUCGUGAGCUGAGACUGAACCGAGUUCAGACCUGGCGUAUCUAACGGGGCAGCUCCACUGAAGACAGUGGAAUUAUUGCUCUCACCUAUCCCAGCUGUGAGUAUGGCGCUGUGUCUCAGCCUUGAAGCUGUCUUUAGUAAACACUACAGUGUUAACAGUGGGCACAAGAGGGAGGGGUGUGUUAACCCUGGUGUCCUGGCCAAAUUCCAGCGUGAGUAAUUACGUUUUGCCUCCCUUCGAUGCAUAGUGGGGUAUCCUCUUUGCUUCGCCUUCGCCUGCCUCUCGAGACCAAUGUGAGGCUGGAGUAGUUAGUGUGCACAGAGUACCGUGAGAGUUUCUGAUGAAAGGCACCACAGAAUGCAAAGCAUGAGACUGCUCCUGUGUUUCUACUAAUGCUGUUAGAGGCACUGCUGAGAUUAAAAUAUAAAUAAAUAAAUGAUGCUUAUCUGUGUCACUAAUUGAAUCUCAGAUAAUUCAAGUGGAAGAAAGUGAAAUUCUAAUACACUUUGCCCCAUUUUUUUGUUUCCUUUAGCAUAUCCCUUCUCUGUCUCGGCUGUUGUGUCUGAGCAGGCUUGCUGUUUGUAGUCUCAUGGUCCGGUUCUCACGCUAGUAACACCACAAAAUCUGCAGGAAGAUGUUUAAUCCCAAAGGCACUUUUCCUUUAUUUUAAUUUCAUGUUAGUAUUUCUGUUCAUAGUAGAUUUGUUAGAAUCCCUGGGUUUUUGUUUUUUAAACAGUCUAAUCUUUGGUCACAAAUGCGGAUGUUAAGGACCUGUUCCUUCUACAUUCCCAGGCAAAGGUUAUGUCAAUGGAUGAUAUCUGUUACUAGUCAUCCUUCCUUAAUGCCAGAGGCGCUUGACCCAUAAAGUAAAUCAAUUUCCAAAAUAUUUUUGCAGUUUCUUAAUUGAUGCUCCCUCUAGUCAGGUGAUCUACUUUUCCAGUGCAGAGUCAGUAUCUCUUCCAUUACUUGUUUUGUUAGCCUCCAGUUUUGGAAUGGGCUGUUGUUCUUCACCCCUCAACUUCCAAACCAGACACCUGACCUCUUAUGUAAAUGGUGUCUUAAUCAACAAAUUGACACCUGAAUGUGUCAAAUGUAGAUUGCAGCCUGCAUACUACAAUUAGCACCAUGCUUUCCCUCCUCCCACUGCUUCUAUAUCGAGCCCUGGCUAGAUAAGGGCCCUGUGGAUGCCACUCACAAUUGUAAUUCAGCACUGAGAAUUGGCACCCUUGAAAAAGCUCCUUUCCCUUAGCGCCCUGGCUAAGCAUCCCAGCAGCCCAGCUGUGUGGGUAGGGCAAGUAACAACUGUUUUAGCACAGUGGGUUAAAGAGCUGCCAAUGCCUGGGGGGAGGGAGGGGUGGGACUUCACAAAUUGAUCUGCAGUGCAAAUGGUGCUGCCUUUAGCAUCUCCUAUUGUGGGUUUUCUUGCUUUUUUCAAGGGUUACAGACAGUCUGUUUCUUCAAUGCAGUAUGAGCUGGAUGGACCCACUAACUUGUUUUAGGGCCCGUCUACAUGGAGAAACGUACUAGCAAAAUAUUCCAGAUACACCUCCACAUGGGGAGCCAUAAUGGUAUAGCUACAGUGGCAUAAUUAUACAGAUGGAGACUAAUAAAGUCCCUAUGUAGACAGUAUCAGAGGGGUAGCCGUAUUGGUCUGGAUCUGUAAAAAGCAACAGAGUCCUGUGGCACCUUAUAGACUAACAUGUAUUGGAGCAUAAGCUUUCGUGGGUGAAUACCCACUUCGUCAGACACAUGUAGACAAUCCCUUAGACUUCUGGGACAUCUUUUUGUGUGUAACAGCAUUGCUGAAUGUCCUAAUAUGUAAUCAAACAAUGUAUCUCCUCUUCUCCCCCCACCCCCCACCCCCAAGAAAAUCUCUGUUCUCCUAGAACCAGGGUAUGUGACCUGUCCUAUUGUUAGGCUUGGCAGAAUUACAUUUUUCACUUUUUAAUAAUUUUGACACCUAACAUCGAUGUUUGUUUGGGGUUUUUUGGUGGGGGGGGGGGGGUUAAGCAUUUUUUUAGACUUAUUUUUUUUUAUUUUAUUUUCACAGUUGCAGGAAAUUUAUGCAGGGGGUCAGGUAAUUGGUUGUAAUAGACGGUGAGAUUCAAAAAGUUAAAGCUGUGUAACUGUUAAAACACAAAUUGUCAACAUCAUGUCAAAAUAUACAAAGUAAAUAUCCUUUAAAUUAAACUCGUAAGUUCUCAAGUAGCACUUUUCUUUCUUUGCCAUCUGUAAAUUUUGAUAGUUAUCAAUAGAAAUUUUUUGUCAAUUUGUGUGUAUACAGUGAAACUGACAUUUAUUUAACCUGACGUUUAUUGACUUUUACCAAUAAAAUCUAAUCUUUCCAAGUGUA